AUGCCUUCACCACUUCGUCGAUCUUCUCGACAUCAUCCUUCAACAACUGUAGCUGAUCGAGAACGAGAGACUACGCAUAGGGAAAGAAAAGCAAGUGUCAAGGACAAGAUAUCAACGCCACAAAUUCGGAAAAGGAAAGUCGAAUUUGUUAAUAAUAAAAAUGAUGCAAAGGAUACGGUAAAGAAAACUCGAAAUGCAAUGUCAGCAAGCACGAAUAAAAAAUUGGUGGAGACGAUGAAGAGUCCAAUUAAAAUGAUGAAUACUUCAAGAAGAAAAAGGGGCGAACCUUUAUCUGAAGACGAACACAGUGAAAAACAAAAUAUUCAACCGAGAAAGCCAGAGACAAAGCUGCCGACGACAAUCACCGAAGCACUUGUCCCUCAUAGUCAAAAUUUGAUGCCAGAGAUGGAAACGCCUGAACAACGAAUCAUUGCUCCCACCAAAAAGGCCGACCAUGAGAUGACGGUUAAGGUUACAGCCAACGAUACACUCACCGUGCUUUUCCCGGAAAGGAAAGACAGCCCGAAUGAAAGACCACGAGCCGAAACGCCGAACGCAGACAAAACCCAGAGCUCAUCUAAAAUCGAUUCCCCGUUUUCUCCGACAGUCUACGAUGAGAAUAUAAUGUGGGGCGGAGUGUGUCAAUUGCCGCAAGAGUUCGGAUGUCUCUCAGAUGAGGAAUUCAAUGUUGAAGGACAGCGAUAUGUACGACUUACAUCAUUGCUAAACGAAGAGGGUUUUACUGUUCCUGUGACGAUCCCAGUGAAGAUUCGAAUUCCACGAGUUCAAGGAGUAGUAUAUAUGUGUCUCGCGGAUGCUUUCAAAGCCAAUUAUAUCCCAGUGAAAAGACGCUCUUUGGCAAGAUGGGUUUAUAUGAUUUUGAAAGGAGCGAAUCUCCUCGUUCACAAAGCUUUUUCUGAUCUUCUCUAUGAUUAUUCGAAUUUGUUUAACAUCAAGCUAACAAAGGGAAUGGAAAAGCCUCUCGAUGAAUUACCCUUUGUUUCUUUGAAAAGAUGUGAGAAAAACACUGUCGCUUAUGUGAAUGGAUUUGAUUUAUCAGCUUACCAAUAUAAACCACGUCAAUCAAAGAAAAAUUCUUCGCAAACCGAUCAAAACGUUUCUUCAAUUACUGAUGUUCAAUAUUUGAGUAAAUACAUCAAGAAGAUUGAAGGAACAUCUUUGGAAGAAGCUGAAGAAACUAUUAAAACUGGAGAAACGAGAAAGACUCCAUCACCGGAAAUGGAUAAAAAUAUCUCAAAUAAUAGCAUUCCUUUAACAAUCCGCGUCCUUAUCUGUUCGGGAUUCGAUGCGGGCAGUAAAGAGAUUGAUCUCGCCGUCAUUUUUUCUCUCCCAUUGUACAGAAUCAAAGCCGUCAUCUCUUCUUAUGCAACAAACAUUCGAGAGUUGACCAACUUCUUACAAGCGAAUAAAGAGCGCUAUCCGGGCACAUACGUCGGACUGAAUAUCAUGAUGUGGCGCUUCUUUCGAGAUUGUCGAAAUAAAAAGCUCAAACUUGAUGAGACACUGCUUAAAGAGCAUUCAAAGAGGAUUGCAUUACAAUUGGGGCUCAUCGAUUUCCGAGCAACCGAUACCUGGAUGAAUGCCUUUAAAAGAAGACAUCAGAUCGAUCUGUCAACUAUGAGCGGUGAGCCGGUGUCCUACCAAGAGGAGAACGGGACCGUUGUUUGCUCAAUUGAGCCACAAUGUGAUCAACCAUCAAUAGACGCAGAGUGCUCAGCUUGUCCAUCGCCAGAUUUGGAAGCAACUCGACCGAUUGAUAUUAUAAAUAUGAGCCUGGAAAGACACGAGUCGAUUUCCGGUGCCAGCGAUUUAAGAGAGAAUUCACCAGCGAGAGAUAUUUUGCCAGGGCCAUCAUCGGAAGUGAAUGAGCCACAAGUCGAACUAGAGCUCAUUAAAAGUUUAGUGAAAAGCACGUCUAUGCAUUGCUCAAAUACUGAGAUAGUCUCAGCCCUUGACACGAUUCGUUGCUUCAUAUUGCAUAAGGAUCCAAAAUUGUUAAUCCCAUUCGCCGAUCUUCAGACAAAAAUUUUUCAUCUUACAUUAAAGAAAGAGCCGCCAUCAAAUGAAGCUCUCAUCAGCGAAAAAUCGAUAAUU